GCUGAUUUUUGCUAUAAAAAUUCAUUAUUGUGUGCCUAAAGUUAGAAAAAAACGAAAAAGAUAACGCUCACCUCACUGUGAACUUCGAACUGACUGCUACAACAACUCAAUACGCUUAAGACGCAUUUGGAAUUUCUGCUAUAAAUUUCAAAAAUUAAUAACGGCAAUUAACUUGCACCAAAAACGAAGUUAUAGCAGGAAGAGCCCCACUUGGAGAGAGCAGCCAUUGUCAAGUUGCUUAGUGCUGCCUUCACACGUGGCUAAUACAACAACUUUCUAAGCUACUAAGCGAAGCAGAAAAGGCGGUAAAAAGUACAAAAGUGCAAAAAAGUAAAAGAGAGUACAACGUACUUAGAACUCGCGGAGCAAGUAUUGGGAUCACCAUAACACCAACAAUUUUAAUUACUUAGCAACAGUCGCUCGAGAUAGUUUGAAGACAGCUUUUGCAAAACGCAAAGCUCCCCAAGCUCACUGACUAUACACGCCCACUCUGGCGUGCGCGAGCGCUCUCUCGCCAAUAUUUUAAGCGCUUACUGCAAUUUUGCAACAACAAAGAGCUUAAUAUAAUGAAAUAAAACUGCAUUGAGACUAGAUACAACGAGCGGUUUAGAAUCAUUCGGUCGUUGCAAGUUCGUGACUUAGCUGCAUUGGAAUUGUCCCUGCAUUAGUGUUGGUGCAAAGCGUACAUGAGCGCUAAACAUACGCCUUAGCGAAUACAUAUACGAGGAGAACACAUUGUAGCCAGACGUCAGUGUUUGAGGAACAAAAAGAACGACGACAACAACACCAACAGCAUAAUCGUAUUAAUCACAGCAGCGAUCGUAAGUGCAGGCUUUUUUGCUUUCACCAACAACAACAACACUUGCGUGUAUCGGCGACAGCUUUGCCGACGGUUAAGCGCAUUCGUUGAUGUUCGUCGGUCUAAGAUCGGCGCUGCUGCAGUAAUUACAUCGUUGCAUUCGAUUGCAUUUCGCAAUCGUGUUGAGCGCACAGAUACGCUCUCACCACCACCACCACCAUUACCACUACUAGUGCAGCCAUCGCGCCGAGCUACGACGCUUUACAACGGAAACCGGCCCCAACGAGCCGGCGGCACAGCACUACAUAUUGAAUUUUGAUCAGUUCAUUGUUGAAACGCAUCAUACUUUGGCGCGCACGUUCUCUGACGCUACGAAACGAAGCAAUUUUUUUGUUUUUGUUUACACUGCACCCGAUUGCAACGAGCCGAGAAAGUGCAUCCGAUUCAUUGCUGUUGCUGUUGUUGCUCUCGCAUAGAGAUUUGAAUUCGACAACCGGUGUUGGUGCGGCGACGAGCGACUCAGUCGGUUAGUGUGCAAAUAAGUAGUAUCCGGAGCAGGAAGGCAGCAAACUGACGACGGUCAGCGCAAACGAAUUGCAGUGAAUCAAAAUUUUAUUAGAAAAAUUUAAUUAGAGAAAAGCAAAUUGGCUAAAACACAACACAAAAAUAAACGACGUGAAUGUGGUGAAUGCAAAAAAAAGUCGUAUAAUCAAAAAACAAAAGAGAGCUUUAAGUGCAGCAGUAAAAUCAAAGUGGAAAAUCGGCAACUGAAACGACAAAAAAAAUUUGCAACGACGGCCAAGUGCAACGAGGUCCAUUCACUGCACACAGCAAAGUUCAGCGCUGGCAACAGCCAUAACCGCCAUACGAGCACGAGCAACUCGAGGAGAAGCAGCAGCAGGAGCGCGGCAGUAGCUAAAGAGCACACUCACUGCAUUGGCAUUACUUGGCGAUCCGUGACGUGUACGUGUACCACCUCGUACAAGUUUAAUAGGUACGACUCGUCGUUCCAGAUUCGCGUUUCGUUUCGUGUGAUCGCCGCGUGGCAACGUGCAGUUCGCGUCUGCAACCAACACGAUUAAGAGUCAAUGAAAUUGGCAAAUCGGCAAACUGUUCAGGAAAUCUGCAAGUGAACGGCAUAUGUGAAAAACGUGUUCAAAGUGCUACGAAAAAGUAUUGAACAUCCAUCAAAAAGCAAAUCAAAUAAAUACGGUAUAUGAAAUAAAGAAAAAUUACAUUAAAGCAUAGAACAAAUUGUUAAAGCUAAAAAGUAAAUUUUAAACAAUUUUGUGCUGCUUGAAAUUUAGCUGUGAAUUAAACGAGCAAAGCAAACGCUACAGCGCAGCAAGCAAGGCGUAUUGGUAGAUGAAGUAGAAGCUGAAAAAGCAGAAAAGCCCCAUCAACGUGUUCUCUUAGUGAAAUUUUAUACAUUUGUUUGAAUAUUUUUGUGUGCAUUGACCGUUUUGUUUUAGUUUUAUACUAUUUGUUGUUAAAUACUACCAAUACAUCACAUAAAUAUAUACUUAACUCUAAGCGCAAGCGACUACAUUACAUAUUUGCAUUGAUAUUAUAAGAAAAAGAACAAAAUAACAACAACAAACAAAACAUAAAAGAAAAACAUAAAAACAACGCAGUCCAAACUUCUUUUGGUGGUGUUUCUACGUGCCUCUACAUUACAUUAGCUUACUAGGAUCAGCAGUACAUAAGGAAUACAACAACAAGUCUGUCUACAUUUUCAAACGUGCAUUAAGGAUAAAACAACACUAAACAAUUAAAAUGGCGGAAGGCAAUGGCGAACUGGUAGAUGACAUCAACCAAAAAUCAGAAGAUCGCGGCGAUGGUGAAAGAACGGAAGAUUAUCCAAAACUCUUGGAAUAUGGCUUAGAUAAAAAAGUUGCCGGCAAACUAGAUGAUAUUUACAAAACAGGUAAAUUAGCGCAUGUGGAAUUGGACGAACGCGCGCUAGAUGCGCUUAAAGAGUUUCCGGUUGAUGGUGCCUUGAAUGUAUUGAGUCAGUUCCUCGAAUCAAAUUUGGAACAUGUAUCGAAUAAGUCUGCGUAUUUAUGUGGUGUUAUGAAAACCUAUAGACAAAAAAGCCGCGCCAGCCAACAGGGAGUGCCAACGCCAGCGACCACAGUUCAAGUGAAGGGACCGGAUGAGGAGAAAAUCAAGAAAAUACUCGAAAGAACUGGCUACUCCUUAGAUGUGACCACUGGUCAACGCAAAUAUGGCGGCCCACCACCCAAUUGGGAUGGUCCGACACCCGGCAAUGGCUGCGAAGUUUUCUGUGGGAAAAUUCCAAAAGAUAUGUUUGAGGAUGAAAUUAUACCGUUAUUUGAGGAAUGCGGUACAAUAUGGGACCUUAGACUUAUGAUGGAUCCGAUGACGGGUACAAAUCGUGGAUAUGCAUUUGUUACCUUCACGACGCGUGAAGCGGCUUCAAAUGCCGUACGACAGCUCGAUAAUCACGAAAUAAAACCUGGCAAGUGUCUAAAAAUUAACAUUAGCGUACCGAACCUGCGCCUAUUUGUAGGCAACAUACCCAAGUCGAAAGGCAAAGAGGAGAUUUUAGACGAAUUUGGUAAAUUAACAGCUGGCCUUAUUGAAGUGAUCAUCUACAGUUCACCCGAUGAUAAGAAGAAAAAUCGCGGAUUCUGCUUCCUCGAAUAUGAGUCACACAAAGCCGCCUCGCUGGCAAAACGAAGACUUGGCACUGGCCGAAUCAAGGUUUGGGGAUGUGAUAUCAUUGUCGAUUGGGCUGAUCCGCAGGAGGAACCAGACGAGCAAACAAUGUCAAAGGUGAAGGUCUUGUACGUGAGGAAUCUAACGCAAGACGUUAGCGAGGAAAAACUAAAGGAGCAAUUUGAGCAAUAUGGUAAAGUUGAGCGCGUUAAGAAAAUCAAAGACUACGCUUUCGUGCAUUUCGAGGAUCGUGAUAGCGCCGUAAUUGCAAUGCGCGGCCUUAACGGCAAAGAGAUUGGCUCUUCUAAUAUUGAGGUCUCACUUGCCAAACCACCAUCGGACAAGAAGAAGAAGGAGGAAAUCCUACGUGCACGCGAACGUCGCAUGAUGCAAAUGAUGCAAGGACGUCCCGGUCUCGUUGGCUAUGAACAAUUAUCUCCAUACAGAAACCUAUCGCCCACACAUCCCAAUAUGAUGUCCUUAGCAGCGCCAAUGCGCUUGCCCGGUGGCCCACGAAUACCGCUGCGCGCACCAAUACCACGUGAUUACGAAGAAAAAGUUGAAAGAAGCACGAAAAGAAUACCACAGCAAAAUUUUUCCCAAUUUAUAGAUUAUGAUUACGACUUUUAUGGUUAUUCGGAUUAUCGUGGCGGCUACAAUGAAUCCUAUUAUGACGAUUUUUAUCGCACCUAUGAUGGAGAGUACUUCUUUGAUUAUCCACCGAGCGGUGUGACACCAUUGCCAACUGGUGGACCCGCUGGUGGACUGCAGAGAACGGCCAGAAAUAAUGUGGGGGUUGGUCGUGGACGUGGAAUCACGGCCACGCGUGGCCGAGCCGUUGGGCUCCGUGGCAACAUCAGCCGUCAGGGGGCCCCUCAAGCGGCGGCGGCGGUGGUGGCGGCGGCGGCGGUGGCAGUUCAGCGGGGGGCCACCGCUCAGGGGGCUCAGGCAGCAACCGGGGGGGUCCGUGGGGUGGGACAAAUGCGUCCCAACGCUCGUGGCACCCAGCACGCCAAGCCGCUACAAAAUUUACCAGUAGUCGGUAAACGUAAAUUCGAUGGAGGUCACCAAAAUCCUGCAGAUAUAAAGCGACGUUACCCGAGCGGUUUAAUCGGAAAUGGCAGUUGGGGCAGUAUACCGUUACCACAACAACCACUGGGCACCAAUGGCGAGCAAUGGUACACAGAUACAUUUCCAAAUUGGGCUUAAAUAAUUAUAAUAAUAUUACAAAAACAAAAAACACAAACUACAACAACAAGCGCAUAUUACAAUAAUAAAAACACCUACAACAAUAAAUUGAAAACCACAACAUCCAGUAGCAGUCAUUACAGAAGCGAUUACAUUAGCAAUAAUAAACAACAACAACAAAAAAUAUAUAAUAAACAAAAUAAAAACAACAAUAAUUACUACAACAACUCUUGACUACAUAUUACAAAUUUUUAAGCCGUAAAUACAAAAAGGUGUAAACAUAUGUGACAACAAUAAUAACAACAACAACGUAAUUGAAAAUUUUAAAUGCAUGUAAAUAAAAAAGUAGCUAAGCAGUUAAUCCAUAUAAAAUGCAACAACAACAACAACAAUGUUGCAUAGCAUACAUCCAUAAGGAAAAUGCAACAAAUUGUCAGCUCAUAACUCUUGUAAGAUCCCAUAGAUAUACUGCAACAACAACAAAUAUGCAUAUGUAUUUAUGUAUGUAUGCACAUAUGUGUGUGUUUACUAUAUUUGUAUGCAAAAGUGCAUUAAAAUAUUUACUGCAAAGCAAAUUAGGAAACGUAGGGUGACAUUGAACCGGAGCAAAUGUCUAAAGUUGCCGAAAAUCUUACAAAUUUCAACUUUUGAGGAAAGCAAUAUAACGGCAGUCAGUGCCGAGAGUCAAUAAAAAGGCAUAAAACAGAGCAAAUGAAAAAUUACAUAUAAAUAUGUAGGUAACUUUCCAUAUUUGUGCAUAUGUAUGUGUGUGCAAUCAUUUAGAAAAUACAAGAGUUGACUUUGUAACCCGAAAACAACAACAGACAUACAAACACACGUUGAAUAGCAGACGGUGUUAUUUUAAAUUAAAAAAAAUAAUAAUAAUUUAUGUAUACAUACAACAAUAAAUAAUUAUAUAUAAAUGAGAACAAUGAUUCUCCAUUGCGAAAAUUAGUAAAAAUAAAAUUUAAUUAACAAAAAUAAUAAAAGAAAUAGAAAAAGCAUUGAGCUGUACACAUUUAAAGAUACACGUCCGUAAAUUUCGCAAUUAAAAAGGAAAUUAUGUAAAAAAUGCAUGUAAAUGCAGAAAUUUUAAAAUAAAAUUAGUAGUCUGAUUCGGCGCUGAAGAAAACAAAAUAGAAAAUGAAAAACAUAUUUGCAAAAACAACCGGUAAACACUUUUUAACAGCUACUCUUACGUUUUUUCGCUGCUUUGCGCAUUUUAAUUGCAUACACACGCAACAAUAACAACAACAAAACUUUUAAACGCCAUAAAAAAAUAAAAGAAAGUGUAACGAUUUGAAAAAAACGCAUUUUAUCAUACAUCACAGCUGCUGGCAUGCAAAUUCUCAUUUCUUGUAUUAAAACAAUAAAGAGUGAAAUAGUAAAAAAUUCAAAUCUUAUAUUCUAGAGUGCCCUGUUGUGUCGGCAAAUACAGCUAACGUAUCAUUUUACUGUUAAAAAAGCCAUUUCGACACGCACUUUUUAUACACUAUUAUAUACAAAAUGCAGACAAGUAUAAACAAAUAGAAAUAUAAAUUUAAACAGAUAAUAUUUUACAGCAAGAACCUCCCAAAAUAUGUAAAGGACACACAAAUUUGUAAAUAUGUUGCCGAAUAAUUAAAAAAAAAAUUAUGAAAAAUUACAAAAAUAUAUAAGUACAUAUAUGUAAGACUAGUAAAACUUUAAAUAAAGCGUCUUAAAUUUGAACACAAACAUAUACGUCUUGAGUGUUGAAUGCAAAUUUGCAAAAAAAAAUUUAAAAGAAAAACUAAAAAUAUUUACUUUGAAAAUUCAAAAAGCAAAGCUUGGCGAAAAAAAUGACUGACAAUUGAAAAUUCUUAAAAAUUAUACAUGAUUAGCAAGUAUGUAUGUAUAUGCAAACUUAUACGAUUAUAAUGGACAAAAAUGAAUAUGAUAAUGCAUAUGUAGUAAAAGAAAUUACAAAAAAAAAAUACAAAAACAAAAAAACGUUUGCAAUUAUAUGAUGCAAUUUAAGGAAAAUAGCCGACAGCGGGUUAUUUUGUGCCGAAGUGGACGGCAGCAUGUGGCAUUAUUGUGUAAUGUUGACAUGUUGUGUGUAAAAAAAAUAUAAAUAUAAAUUUUUAAACAUAACCGAAAAUACAAAAACACUAAUUGUUUAAAAACAUAUUUUCUGUAUUAAGUUUUGUAGUUGAUGACGACAUUUCGGCAAUUUGUUUGUAUAUUGUAUUAAAACUUUUUAAUUAAAUAAUUUUUUAUAAAUUACCAAAGUUAAAAUUUUCGACUUGUGCGUAAAAAAACAAAUAAUUUUUUUCGAAAGCAUUUUUAAACUAAAUUUCGCAAAUUUAAUUUUUAUAUAAACUUCAACGCUGCUGAAAAUUUUCAAAAAAAUUUAUUUUCUUAAAAAACAUGCAUUAUACAUAUGAAUCUUGUUGGCUGGCAAUACAAAAUAAAAUAUUAUCUUAAAGCAAAAGCGAAGAGUUAGGUUUUUUUAUUUCAAAAAUAUAGUAAUGUUAGGAAGUGUAGAUAAUAUUUAAAAACAAAUUACAAUAAUUCAAAAGAAAAAGGCGUAAUUAAAAUAAAAACUGCGUUUAGUGUGUAACGUACAGUAACAAAAUGCAUAUAAACCAAUAAACUGGGUUAAGUGAACCAACAAAAUAUCAUAAAACACGGCAACGAACUAAUUAAACAUCACAUUAUGGUUUUAUAUUUAUGUAUUUUUAAUAAAAACAAAAUAAAAAAGGAAAAAAAAACAAUUUCCCAUAAGAAAACACCUAUAAACAAUGAAGACAUGUAGAGCAAAAAAUUAAGCUUAACGGUGAAAAGAUCAGUGUCACAUAUUUAUAUAGUAUAAAACAAGAUAAGAAACUUUUAAAAUAUUACAAAAGUAAGCGAAUACGUAUAAAACUAGUAAAACCUUCAAAGCAACAUAUAAUCUUAUAGAUACAUAUACAUAUAUACAUAUACCUAUGUAUAUGCAUAUACAUUUAUAUGUAUAAAAAUUUCCCUAAAUACAAUUGACUAAUCAAUAAUUAAUAAAAAUGCGUAAUGCAAAAUCGGAAUUAAAAUAAUUCACAUAUACAUAAAAGCAAAUAAACGAUUCAAGUAUCCACAUGCAAUAAAAAACACAACUAACCUAACAUAACCUAGAAUUAUUUAUGCCCCAAGUUACAUAACACACGUUUAAAGUUAUUCAUACAUAAAUGCUCUUAAAUAAAUAGCAAAAAGUGAAAUAGUGAAGAAAAUCAGAAAAUCAAUUGAUGAACACGCACGCCACAAACACAUUUCGGUAGCAGUCAACCAAUAGUACAGCGUAUCUAGUGUUCCAUUGUUUGAAAGAAAGAGCAGUGUGGCAGAAAGAGAGAGGAGCGAAACAAUUAAAAAAUUAUGCUGCUUCUUAAGUUAAUUUUCAUAUUAUUAUGCGUAAAGUAAGAAUGGAGCGCAGCGGCAUAAGAGAUUCAAAAUUUUCAAAACCGAUAAGGCUUCUUAAAAUUUUCAACCGAUUCAAAAAUGAAUAGCUUGUUAAAGUUAAUAAAAAAAACAGCAUGUAACAAUAGUUGGUAAAAUUCACAAAAAAAUUCUUAAGAACAACACAUUUCAAAAAUGUAUAUCAUUUGUAAAAAAAAAAUAUUUUUUGGCAUUUUAACUUCUACUUGAUAAGCGUAUACAAUUUCUUUUCCAAACAAACAAAUAACUGUAAUUUCAAAUUGAACAAUUUUCAAGAAUCUGAUAAUAAAUUAUAGGAAAUUAAACUUAAAAAUAAAUUCCAAAAAAAAACAUUUUGCUUUUAAGCGCAUCCAUACUUUAUGUUUUUCAAAAGCUGUAAUAGAAAGAGUGAGCCUUGUAGCCUAUGCAACCCUGCUGCAUUUUCAUGCUGUAUAAGAAAAACAAUUCAUUGAUCAAAGAGUAGAGGGGAAAUUAUUAAAAAAAAUAUAUAAAUAUAUAUUUAAUUCAACAUAAACUUUUGCACACGUUUUUUUUAACCUUUUACCAUUUUACUAUUCAUUUUAUCUAUAAAAAUAUAUUACACACUUAAAAUAUAUUUCCACAAUAUUUUUUUUCAAUAAAACUUCAAUAAUAAGUAAUAAAAAAUACAAGUACGCACAUACUAACUAAAGUAAUGUAAACACACACCAUAUAAAUAUGCAAGUUCUUUAAAAAUUUCAAAAAUUCGUAAUUUUACGUAUACCUGCCCCAGAAAAGCCGCGUGAAAAUUAAAAACAAAAAUAUUAACCAUUACUAUACUAUUAUCACUUUAUACAAAUGAGAAAGAAAUAAGGAAAAUUUUGGCAUGUACUACAAUAAAAACAAAAAUAUUAUUGGUGACUUUAAAGCAUAUAUAUGUAUGUAAAACCACUUCUACAUUAAAAA